CUAUAUAUAAGAGCUGAAAUAUCCUUCACUGCUCUUUGUGCAGUGUUUUUAUCUUCCACUUCUUUGCUUCGAUAUCUUUUUAGUAUCUUUUUUAGCAAGAAAAAUGUAUCGUAACAAUGGUGAUCCUAAAUUGGCCGCUCAAGCAUAUGGUUCUCAGCCAAGGGGACAAUGGACCACGGGGCUAUGCGGUUGUUGUGAAGAACCCUGCAAUUGCUUGACCACCUGCUGCUGUCCCUUCAUAACCUUCGGGCAAAAGGCAGAGAUCUUAGACGGUGGAAAAACAUCAUGUUGUGCAGCGGGGUUCAUAUAUUUUAUCCUAGGCUCCUGUGCAUGCCUUUAUUCACACACCUACAGAGCCAAACUGAGAGGCCUUUAUUCGUUGCCGGAAGAACCAUGCUCCGAUUGUUGUGUACAUUGUUGGUGUGCUUGUUGUGCUAAUUGCCAAGAGUAUAGAGAGUUCAAGAACCGUGGAGUUGAUCCCUCCGCAGGUUGGACGGCUAACGCUGAGAAAAUGAAUCGGAAUGGAACUACUGCACCUCCAUAUUUUGCUCCGGGCAUGGCUCGAUAGAUCAGUCCAGGGAGUUCAGAUUCAUAUGACUCAGUGCCUCUGUUCUUCAUCGUUCUGCGUUUGUCAUUUUCUCUCACGUCCAAGCACACCCAACAAGUCUUAAUAUAUCCGGUUUCCUUUGCCUUUCAGUUGACUUUAAUUUUUAAAUUUAAUUAUUAUUGCUUGUGUAAUUUGAAUUAUGUUUUUUAUGCAUGCUUUAAAUUAUAAAGGCACGUAGCGUGAUCUAUUGCUAUAUUUCUGAAACUAUUGUUGACUUCGUAACGGAAUAA